UGCAGAAAGUGCAAGUACAAAGAACGAGUCUAUUACGCUGUUGCGCCUGUGUCCUCUAGUGAGAGUGAUGUAUAUAAGCGCGACUCCUGACCGCGACUAGACAACAAUAAUGACAGCUCCCAGCUGCUCGAGGCGGCGGUCGGAGCAUUAGUCAAUGGGUGUCGCUUAUCGAUCGCGCUGAUCCUACCACCGAGAUCGACGCAUGGUUGUGCGAUGUGAAACGAAAACAGCCACUAUCUCGUCGCAACGUAAGUCACAUCUUCCAAAUUCGAUCUAAAUUCAAUUCGUUUGACGCACAAGAGGCUGCGCGAGGUGUUCGACGAACAACAAGUGGCAAAUCACAACAGCGAACACAUGGAGGGAGGUACAAUGGAAAACUCAGAAACCACGCUCGAUAGAUCAGAGGAUGAGAUAGCGUUGCAAGGUUUUUGCAGCCCCAAGCGACCGCCCUACCGAUUUUUGGGGCUGGCGCUUAUGUGUCUUCUUGGAUUCGGAUCUUAUUUUUGCUUUGAUAAUCCUGGGGCACUGCAGGAUAAUUUUAAAAGUGACUUACACAUGUCGACCAGCAAAUUUGUUUUGCUGUAUUCUAUUUAUUCCUGGCCAAAUGUUAUUCUUUGCUUCAUCGGAGGAUUUCUAUUGGACAGUAUAUUUGGGAUUCGGCUGGGUACUGUGAUAUAUAUGGGACUCACAUUGAUCGGUCAGAUCAUCUUUGCAUCUGGUGCUAUGGUUGAUUCUUUCUGGCUAAUGAUGGUUGGCCGAUUCAUCUUUGGAAUCGGUGCUGAGUCAUUAGCAGUUGCCCAGAACAGUUAUGCGGUUCUAUGGUUCAAAGGGAAAGAACUGAACAUGGUGUUCGGGCUGCAGUUGAGCUUCGCGCGAGUAGGAUCGACCGUGAACUUCUUGGUGAUGGAACCGAUAUACAAUUACGUAUCUCAAUACUACAAGGGUCCAGAGUGUAUCGGAGUGGUACUUUUUCUCGCUGCUGGCACGUGCGUGAUGUCCAUGAUCUGCGCUUGCCUCCUAGGCCUGAUGGACAAACGAGCCGAGAGGCUACUCAGGCGCGGAGAGGGAAGCGAAAUGCAAGCCGUCAGCUUAACUGACGUGAAGGAUUUCAAACUGAUCUUCUGGCUGGUCGCGCUCAUCUGCAUCGCUUAUUAUGUCGCAAUAUUUCCUUUCGUCGCUUUGGGCAAAGUAUUCUUCGAGCGAAAAUACGAAUACGACCCGUCUGCCGCGAACACAGUGAAUUCCCUCGUGUAUUCCAUAUCGGCGAUAGCGUCGCCCCUUUUAGGCUAUUUAGUAGAUAAAACGGGAAAGAACGUGUCAUGGGUGUUCCUCAGUAUUUGCGUCACCAUUAUCGCCCAUGGAUUGCUCGCGUUCACCUACGUGAACCCGUAUGUUUGCAUGGUUCUCAUGGGUCUAGCGUAUUCCAUGCUCGCCAGCAGUCUGUGGCCAUUGAUCGCUCUCGUUACACCGGAGUAUCAGCUCGGCACUGCUUAUGGAAUAGCUCAGUCCGUACAAAACUUAGGCCUCGCCAUAGUCUCGAUUUUAGCCGGUAUAAUCGUCGACAAGGGAGGCUACUUAAUGCUCGAGAUGUUCUUCCUCGGUUGGCUCUGGGUCUCGCUGAUAACCGCUGCGGCAAUCUGGUUGUCCGACAUAGCAACAAGCGGUGGUUAUCUCAACAUGACGCCCGGGCAAAGAGAACGAUACGAGACGGUCCGCUGCACGCCCGAAAGUUUGGAGCGAGAGAAGCUGUUGCCGGAAUGCUCGGCUGAUCUCUCGGCCGACGAGUUGAUGCAACCGCAGUCCGACAGCAGCAUACGGAAUCGCUACUUGUCGCGCAUCGGCGCGAUGGUACCACCGCAUGUGAAGACGCCAAUCCAUCGGCCAUUACGAUGAUACGUUAAUUUUAGCUGCGAAUUUAUGGAAAAAAUAUUUAUGGAACAUAUAAUGUUUAAACAAACAACAAUCUCUUAAAU